AUGGGAUGUUGGACGGGGGACUUAUUAAAUCAUAUAACACCAUACAAAUUAGCAAAAACAAGCCUUUGGAGUGACGAUGUUUUCAAAUGUCCCCACUGUGGUGCUCGGUUAUUUGAAGAAGAGAAAACUCGAAAUAAGUGGUGUUGUGGUCAAGGAGCCUACAAUGUUCUUAAUUUACCUGCACUUCAAGAGGAUUUCUACUCCGAUCGUUGUUUCCUUGAGAGAGCUCGAGCCUAUAACGACAUUUUUGCCUUUUGCGCUCUCGAGGUAUCAGGAGGUUACCGCCAUCCUAGUGGUCUCUCCUUCUUCAAAAUAGAAGGCAGGAUGUACCAUCAAAUUUAUAAUCUGGACGCUCCUGGGCAAAAGUUUACUACUAAAGCUGGGGUCGUCCAGUUUGUAAAUAGAUCGCGACUGUACAUUGAUGACGGUGAAGAGAGGAGAAAUAUUGCCUCUGGCAGAUCCCUAGAUGCUGACAUAGUUGACUCUAUUUAUGAAUUUCUUUUUCGUGAAAACCCGUUCAUUGUUAACUAUCGUCUUUUGGGCAAUGAACCAGCUAUCAAUGCACACUUGGACUUCGAAGUCACAAGCAGAGCCACUCACGGUCCGGUCUUAGGUGACGGGCAGACAGGCGUCGAGGUACAUGCAGUGCUCAGUACCGAUGAGACUGUUCAUGAACCUCGGAAAUUGACAAUUUGGAAAGUUGGGUCUCCUAAACCAACCUCUAUAAACCUUUUUAGUCCCCUUAUGGAACCUUUCCAGUACCCAUUGCUCUAUCCGGAUGGCACUUUGGGCUGGCAUAUAGGUCGCCUUGAUAAUUUCAAUAACAAGUUAUCUCAGUAUAACUACGCACGUUGCCUUUUGUUAUCUGAUCCUCGUUUUUCUCACAUCGGCCGACUGUCUCAAGCUUGGCAGGUCGAGAUGUUCGCAAGAUUCGAAGAGGAGAGGUUGAAUUUCAUAAAAUAUAAUCAAACCAGGUCAGCUGAAAAUGCCAUGCGGAUAGGGCCAUUGGACGAACUGGAGACAGCUGGACGUAGUAGUAAUCAGCCAACGGGACAGAUUUUUAACGAAAUUGCCAAUGACGAAACGAUCCGAGGGGAGGGUGGAGCACAGCCGGGUAAAGUUUAUCUUCCCAGUUCAUUUACAGGGGGACCAAGAUACAUGAAGCUUCGUUACUUGAACGCAAUGGCUCUUGUUUCUCGUCUUGGUUUUCCUACUUUCUUCCUCACAUUUACAUAUAGUGCGACGUGGGAAGAAAACAAGAAGGCAUGUCCCCGGAACAGCGGCCGCAGCGACCCCAGUACCGCUUGCAGAGUUUUCUACAUUAAACUCCUAGAACUUCUCCGAGAUCUCCGCAGUGGAGCAAUGUUCGGCCGGUCCGUGUACAUCGUACAUGUCAUCGAAAUGCAAAUGCGAGGACUUCCACACGCCCACAUUGUAUUUAAGAUUGACGGCGAUGGACCGGUGCAGGCUGCUGACAUUGAUUCAAUCAUUCGAUCUGACAUCCCUUCGGAGGAGGAGGCUGGGGGCAGACUAAGGGAGUUAGUUCUGAGACACAUGAUCCAUGGGCCAUGUGGUACAGAAUACAGAACUGACUUCCCUUGUUGGAACUCAGACAAAGGCUGCUGUUCCAAAUUUUUUCCAAAACCUGUUUGCGAAACAACUCAUAUUGAUGAAAAGGGGUUUGUUCAAUACAAGCGCAGUUAUGAGAACAAAGGAGUUAUUACGUCAAGGAGAAAGUCUGUCACUGUUCAUGAUGGCUGGGUUGUUCCUUAUAACUCUGCGCUACUUCUGAAAUAUGAAGCUCAUAUCAAUUUAGAGCUAGCUUCAACUCGAAAAGUUGUUAAGUAUUUGUUCAAGUACCUGAUGAAGGGUGGUUCACUGCAGAAUGUUACUGUUACGCCCUUAGGUCAGCAAGAAGAUGAAGUACAGCACUAUGUCACAAAGCGGAUGGUGGGUGCUAGUGAUGCAUGCUGGCGGCUUUUAGACUUUCCAAUCUCUAAGUCUGAGCCAACAGUAGAGUGCCUUCCUGUACAUCUUGAGGGAAAGCAAACAGUAACAUUCUGUCCAACAAACUUGGGUGACGCGACUCUACAAGCUAGCUCUAAUUUGCUAUUGUACUUUAACAGACCUCUUCACCCUAUUUUUGAUAAUUUAACCUACCAAUCAUUCUUCGAGCAGUUUAUAGUUCAUUCUAAACGUCCACGUAGUGCAGAAGUAUACGACCAUCCCGACGGCAAACAUUAUAUUACACCUCGACAACGUGGUACCAAGAUCUGCCGGCUUUUUUGGGUUUCGCCAAACAGAAGCGAGCAAUAUUUUCUUCGUUUGCUGCUCAUGAUGUUACCAUGCCGUGGUUACGCUGAUCUGCUUGCACGUGGAGGUGAUGGUUGUAGUACUUUCCAACAGGUAGCGCGAAACCUCGGCUUGGUUGAAGCAGAGGAUGAGUAUGGCAUUGCCAUUAGGGAAGCUGCUCAAUUCAUGAUUGGUUCGAAACUUCGAUCAUUUUUCGUCCUACUCUGCAACAUGGGGGCGCCUGCGGCUCUUUUGUGGGAAUCUUUCCGAAAUACGCUUUGUGAGGACCAUUUGGAACGCAACCCUCUUGAUCAUGAGCUCGCCUUUAAACUAUCUCUGCUCGAAAUUGAUCGCAGUCUCCGUCGACAGGGGUCUUGUUUGGCUGACCAUGGCCUCCCAAGUGUGGAAGAUGAUACUACGGAAUUAGGCAGAGAACUACUCGUCUACGGUGAGAACCAACAGAAAUCACUUGUAGAUGAGUGGGAACCAAAAUUGUCAAAUGAUCAGAGGGCAGUCUUAAAUCACGUUCGUUCGUUAUUACAAGGAGAUCGCCGGACAAACAGACUAAUCUUCCUAGACGGACCAGGUGGCUACGGGAAAACGUUGUUAAUUAGCGUGCUUCUCGCCUACGUUCGAAGCCAAAGUCACGUUGCUAUUGCUGUUGCUAGCUCUGGUAUCGCCUCUGGCAACAUGCCAGGUGGUACGACAGCUCAUAGCAUGUUCAGACUGCCACUUGACCUCGGCGACGGUACAGGCUAUUGGAACUUGACCAACGGGUCUCAGCGGGCAGAACUAAUCAGAGCCGCACAGCUCAUAGUUUUUGAUGAGGCACCGAUGGCUCAUCGCUACAUUUUUGAGAUUCUCGACAGAUCUCUGCGGGAUCUCAUGAAUUCACGUGAACCAUUCGGUAACAAGAUCUUUAUCUGCUCGGGAGAUUUCCGCCAGAUCGCGCCCGUUGUUGCCAGAGCUCGAACGCCCGCUGAUAUCGCUUGUGUAUCGCUCCGUGCGUCUCAUCUUUGGUCAAGUUUCAAGGUGUUCUCUCUUUCUACACCUCACAGGACUAGUAAUUCCAAUGCAUACUCCAAAUUCUUGCUUGAAGUAGGCAAUGGAACUAUCAAUACUGUUGUGUUUGGCGAGGGAAAAGACAGUUGCAGCUUGAUACCACUGUCUGGCAUUAGAUAUGUGACUUCCCUGUCUGAUCUCAUCGCUUUUGUUUUCCCCGAUUGUGACCUGAAUGACCCUGAACUUACGGCUAGACGAGCUAUUCUUUCAACAAUGAACGUUAACGUACGAAAUAUUAAUGACAUUGUUCUUAAUACUUCAAGCGGGGUCGUACAUGUGUUGAGAAGCGCCGAUACUGUGGACAAGGAAAAUGAUGACGGCAUGGACGUCGAUGUACACUUGCUGAACCAGGCCACCGGCAAGGGUGUGCCAGACCAUGUCCUGCGAAUCAAGAUCGGCUCCGUUUGCCUCAUUAUGAGGAAUUUGAAUAUCGACAACGGACUUGUGAACGGUACAAAAGUAAUUGUUACGGCGAUUAGUCCUCGCUUGAUUACUGCUAGACUUCCCGGCAAAACUGAUCCAAUUUGUAUCCCUAGGAUUCAAUUUGUGUUUCCGUUUGUCGAAGGGUCGCCGCUUCGCAUCCGCCGUCUUCAAUUCCCUCUAAUGUUGGCUUAUUGUAUGACUGGUCACAAAAGCCAAGGCCAGACGAUCGAUCGCGUUGGAGUCGAUCUUCGGAGCGACUGUUUCACACACGGUCAAUUAUACGUCCUCCUUAGCAGGGUCAGACAUCCUGACGACAUCGUUGUUCUUGUCCCACCUGAUAGAGUCCGCGAAGGAAUAGCCUAUGCGAAGAAUAUCGUAUUUGACGAACUCCUUCUUUAG